AUGAUUCUGGUAGGCGCAUUUUUGUCGAUAGAUGACGGCAGCGAGUCGGGAGGCGAGGUCGAGGAGUUCAAUGAUGCUCAAGUUCAAGAUAUCGAAGAGGAACUUGCAUUUGAGGCUGACUGGGACGAUGACGACGAUGAUGGCGACGAUGAUGAUGAUGACGAGGGUGCGGACGGAGAUGAAGAUGAUGACGACAACUUUGAACUCAAAGAAGAGAUGCAAGGAAUCAACGCGAGGCAAGUAACUCAAGGCCAGUGGCUUUUCGCCCAAAUCGUCGUUUCGCAAAUUGUGUGGACUUAG